AGGACUUUCUCUUCAACUGUAUGUGCUCUGUGCGUCGCUUUUAGUUCUUUUUUGACGAACAACAACAGGAAAGGCUCUUCACUCUCUGUUCAUCGCUUCCGCAACUGACUCUAUUCUCUCCAUUCACUUCUCUCAAAACCCUUAUUCACUCGUGCUUUUUUUUGGCUCUACCUUCCAACGCACCUCCCACCUCAACUAUCACAUUUAUCCCUUGCUGACUCUUCCUUUCUUAAUAACAAAAGGAAAAGAUAGCAAGGACAUUGACAUAAUCCUUACACAUCCAUCAUGGCUCCUCAAGCACCGCCUCAGGGCAAAAUCCACUUGAAGACCAGCUUCAAGUCAACACAGACGAUCGAAUCCAUCUAUACUGGAGGAAAAGUCUGUAUAUCUCAGGAUGAACAGUAUCUCAUCACGACGGUGGGUGAAGAUAUUGACGUGAUUGAGAUCAAAACUGGAAAAAAACUUUGGAGACUUGAUGGAGAUACCGAAAUGAUCACCACAUUUGCAGUGACUCCGGAUGGGCAUACCCUUGUCAGUGCUAGUAGGAGUCUUCAACUCAAAACCUGGGACCUUCGUACAGGAACAUUGACAAGGACCCUGAGAGCUCAUGAAGCCCCUAUCAUUGUCAUGGCAAUCGAUCCAACCUCAACCCUUGUCGCCACUGGAUCUGCAGACAGUACAGUCAAAGUCUGGGAUAUUGUUGGUGGAUUUUGUACACAUAACUUCAAGGGACAUGGUGGUGUCAUCUCAGCUGUACUCUUCCAUCCAGAUCAAUCCAAAUGGUGGCUAUGCUCAGGAGCUGAUGAUUGUACAGUCCGUGUUUGGAACCUUAAAACCAGAAAACCUGUUGCUGUUCUGGAAUCCCAUGUCUCGGUUAUUCGUGGAUUAGCAGUCUCCAAUUCAGGGAACUCUUUGAUCAGUGGAUCUCGCGAUAAGGUCGUCAAUGUCUGGGAUUUAAGAACGAUGAAACUUGCGACCACAUACCCCAUCUAUGAGACUUUGGAGACAGUUGGUAUCUUACAAAAGUCUGUGAUCCAAUCCAUCGGUGAUAAGGACGUCUCGGAUCGGGAAAUGUUCUAUACUGCUGGAGACUCUGGGAUCAUCAGGAUCUGGGAUUUAAAAUCAGGAGAAUUGAUUGCGAAACAGAAGGAAGAAUUGGGUAGUAAAUCUGGGAUCACUGAUGUCUUGUAUAAUACGAACUCCCAGCAGUUGGUAUCGAUUACAAGCGAUCAAAAUAUUCUCUUCUUUGAUAUUGCCAGAGACUUGAAGCGUAUGAAGCAGAUUGUGGGUUAUAAUGAUGAAAUCGUUGAUGUGACAUACAUUGGAGAGGAAGAGCACCAUUUAGCGGUUGCAGCCAACAGUGAGCAAAUCAGGGUCUUCAACCUAAAAGAGUUUGAAUGUGAUCUCAUUUAUGGACAUUCAGACACCGUUAUUUGUCUGGACAGGAGCACCGAUGGAACAUUAUUGGCCUCUGGCUCUAAAGAUAAUACUGCCAAAGUCUGGACCCUGGAUCUGGAGAAUGAAGAUCCAGAUGAGAGAUACAAGUGCAUUGGAACAUGUGUCGGACAUACUGAAGCUAUUGGUGCUGUUGCUCUAACCAGAAAAACUGACGGACUUUUGCUCACUGGAGCACAAGACAGGACAAUCAAAUGCUGGGACCUCAGCACUGGCGACUUGGAUGAACCUAAUGCAGAACAUCGGUUCAAGUCUCAUUACACUAUCCAGGCUCACGAUAAAGACAUCAAUACCAUCGCUAUUGCUCCAAACGACAAGGUGUUUGCGACUGGAUCGCAAGAUAAGCUUGCAAAGAUUUGGAACCUGCAGGAGGGUACACUCAUAGGCACAUGCAAGGGCCAUAAACGUGGUGUCUGGUCUGUCAAAUUCUCCCCUGUCGAUCAAUGCUUAGCUACUAGCUCAGGAGACCGAACAAUCAAAAUUUGGUCCCUGAACGACUUUAGCUGUUUGAGGACAUUUGAAGGGCACACUAAUUCGAUCUUGAGGGUUGAUUUCUUGACCUCAGGUCUUCAAUUGGUUUCAUGUGGUUCAGAUGGUCUUGUUAAAUUGUGGACAAUCCGUACGAAUGAGUGCGUGGCAACGUUGGAUAAUCAUACGGAAAAGAUUUGGGCCUUAGCAGUACGCAAAGAUGAAAAUAUGGUGGUAACAGGAGGAGCUGACUCGAUGAUCAACCUUUGGGAAGAUUUCACAGAGACAGAGUAUGCAGAAAAGAAGCAAGCCAAGGCUGAUCAAUUGCUCAAAGAGCAAGAAUUAUCAAACUAUUUAAUGCGUAAAGAUUGGAAGAAUGCCAUCACACUCGCCCUUUCGCUUGAACAGCCCUUCAGAUUAUUGCAACUCUUCAAUCAGAUCCUGCGAGACCGUCCUGAGGAUGACACUUCGAUCACAGGCUUGGAAGCUGUAGACAAGGUUCUUAUGGGUCUAUCACUGGAUCAAAUUGCAAAGCUUCUUGGUUAUGUCCGUGACUGGAACACACAUGCUAAGAACAUGCGCCCAGCCCAAACAGUCCUUCAUGCGAUUUUGAGGCAACGCAAGGUGCAAGAGAUGACUGAAGUGCCCGGAAUCAAGGAUUUGUUGGACGGUCUUUUACCCUACAGUGAGCGUCACUUCCAAAGGCUUGAGAAUCUCUCAGUUCGGAGUUAUGUGGUUGAUUAUACAGUUCAGGCUAUGGAUUUGAUGACCAUGAUGGGCGAUAUGGAUUUAGUUGAAGAAGAUAUGGAUGAGGAUCAAAAAAAGCUUCGUGCACAAAGGAAAACAGAGGAAGAACGUAUGAUCAAGGAAAGACAAGAUGCAUUCGCUGCUUCUAGGAAUGCACAUGUCUCGGGGCCCAUGGUCAAUGGCACUGCCGUAGUAGUAUAUGACGAGGAGGAUGACGAGAAUGUUGACGCUGACGGAGUCGGAGAUGGAAAUGAAAACAACGAUAAAGGAGAGCGAAUGGAUACUGAAAGCGAAAGUAAAAACAUUGAAGCAAGGGAAGAAGACAAAGACAGUGACGAGGAUGAGGAUGAAGACAGUGACGAAGACAUGGAGUAGUAUAGAUAAUCUAGCAUCAUCAAUAGACAUUACUUUGCAUUUAUAUUUUCUUUAGUUGUUCCCCUUAUGGUUUUUUUUAUUUAAAGAAUGUGAUUUUUUAUAAUACAUACAGCAG